GGCGACGCCGACUGGACCGUCUCGGCCAAGGAGUCUCCGCCAGCGGAGAAGCUCGCCCCGGCGGGCAUCCCCGACAGGACCACCCCGUCGAACCCGCGCCGCAAGAAGCGCCGCAAGAAGGGGCGCAAGGGCGCGUCCGCCCCGAUCGUCCGCGCCAAGAGCACCGCCCCGGUCGGCGGCAACAACCGGUUCGGGGCCCUGCUCGGAACGAACGGCAACGAGGGCAUCCUCGGCGGCACCGGCAAGGUGCCCCGCGGCUCCACGCCGUCGACCACAGACUCGGGCGCGACGGCCAACGUCGAGACGACCACGAUUACCACGCCGGAGGGCUCCGUCUCUGCCUCCGGCUGGUUCUCUUGGCCCAAGUUCUGCCCGUCCUACUUGCUCCGCCUCUUUGCCAUCCUCGCGCUGCUCUGCCUCGGAACCGCGUUUGCGCUCUCCUCGUACCCUGCCACCUCCGCGCUUCUCUCCUCGCAGUGGCACGAGUCCCCGACUUCCUUUCCCGCAGUCACAACGCCGAUCGCGCCGGCAUCGCUUAACGGCUUCUGCGAGGUUGGCGGCAUCGACACCAGCUCGUUUGUGGCCAUCGUAUCGUCGGACAGCGCGCCCGCCAACCACCCGGUGCGUGCUCGCUCGCGCGUGCUAGUAUCCGCGCCGCGCAAGCUCGUGACUAACAGCCCGCUCUCUGUUCAGGGCGGGCACGACGAGGGGCGCUCGUUGGAAGCACUGAUGGACGACGUCAACGAGGCGGUGGGCGAGCCGUUGCACCUGAUUGGCCAGCCGCCGGCGUCCGUCAAGGAAAUUUACGAGAAGCAGCCGGCCGAGGCCGACUUGGAGACCGUCCUAGCCUCGCGCAACAGCAUGGAGCGCAAGGGCGAGCCUGAGUUCGACCUCGUCGGUCCCGUCUACAGCAACAGGACGGGGAUCAUCGCUCGGGGACGCGACACCGUCUUGCCCGUGAACGACACGUCGCCCGAGUUGCGGCCCGCCGACGCUGGGAAGCCUGGGAUGCUGGAGGUGCGGAAGCUGGUCGAGACUGGCCUCGGCGCGCCCGUCGCUAGCAUGCACGCCGGCGGCGAGUGGCGGGCGAUUGACGGAUUGACGGACGUUUAUCGAGUGCCAACCAAGGAUCUCUUCCUCCAGCUUGGCCGGGCCGUCGACCCUCUUCUCGCGGAGCCGGCGUGGCCUGAAGAGGUCCGCGCCGCUCAGAUCUCCGACUCGAACGCGGUCGAGUCAGAUAUCUUCUCGGUCUCAAGUGCGUGCGCCGACUGGCAGCCACGCUGCGCCGCCCCUGCGUGGCACGAGGAGCCUCACCACGCGACAAGCCGCCCGCGGACCGACAAGCCGCCCGCCCCGCCAGCCGACGAACUCUCCAUCGACCCCGCCUCCCCGUUCAACUUUCCCUUCAUCAGCGGACACUCCUCUUCCGCGCCUGGCCGCGCACAGCUGCGCGGUCAGCUUUGGGCCGCCUUGUUCUUGCUGCUCGGAGCGUGCGGCGGCGUGCUGCUCUCGGUGCGGAGGAGCAAAUCGGGGCGCCUCGUGCGGUGCCGGACGGGGCACGGCGCGUGGCUGCUUCUACUCGCGAUGCUUCCGCUGGCAUCGCCAGUGUCACCGUCGCAGAAUGCAUAUCUUGUUUCUGGCGACGUUCCGACGUGGCCGUUCGCUGAGGGAGACCAUUGGCAGCGGAGAGACAACAUCAGCACCCACAAGCAACUCAACGCCGGUCGGCGCAGGCCACACUGCCCGAUCAGCAUGGAUCUUCUGCUCAGCACAUUCAUUACAAACAAGCGGAGUAGGGGAAAUCGGUACAGCAGGCUGCAGGUAUUUCGCCAUGCGAUGCGCUCAUAUUUUGAUCUCCCCAUCAAUGGUUUCUACUUAUUCAUCCAACUCGACGAGGAGUUCAGCAGUCAAAGGCAAAACCUAGAGAACGAGCUGACUUCUUCCCUCGGCAGCCGCCUUCAGCACUUGGAAUUUACACGCAUAUUGACACAAGCCAAAUGGAAAUGGCUUAUGAGCUCAAUCGGAUCCGACAAGCACUCAGGGCGGCUUGUCUUCUUCCUUCAGAAUGAUGACCAUGUCUUUAUCGACGUCGACACUUCCCUGCUAUGUCAAGGGCUUAUGCUGCUACACUCAGAGCCGUCAAAGUUCAAGACCUUGUACAUGUCACAUUGGCCAGAGGCACUGCGUCUAACAGGCAAAGUGUCACCACCUCAGCGCAUUGGGGGCUUUGUUCGUACCAACCUGACUAUGUUAGACGCUGUUCAGGUGUUCAACCUGGGCUUUCUUCAUCACAUCUUCGUCGAGCUUGAAUGGCCUCAAGGGCUGCAGGUCCGUCGAAUCGAUCGACUCAUCAUGCAACGGGCGGUGUGGGGAACAUUUGCGCAAUCACUUCUUCGUACGGCAGACACAGAGAACUCGUUGCAAGCCUUCUUUGUGCCGUUGCGUGAGUUGUGCCGCAAAUUUGAUGGUUACAUGCACGUCGGAAUUCCUUUUGCGAAGGUGCCCCAACUUGAGAUCAACCAUACGCAGCCCGUGCGGUCAGCAGAUAGUCUGAAGCAGGUAAUGCUCGCAGCCGAGAAGCUGCAGAACGACCCGUGGUCCCGCGGGAAUAAUUUUUCCGUUCCCGCUGAAUGGGUGUCUGUAAUGCUUGACCUAUAUGGUGUGCCGCGGACGACUUCAAUGGACCUCUGA